AUGCGAAAAGAUAUGACAAUGAUCGUGAUUAUUGGUCUGUUUCUGACUAAUAUGUUUACCUUUGGUAACGGAUAUUGUUUUGUUGGACAAACCGCAUUUAAUAUCAGUUCUUAUGGUACUGUUGAAAAAUACUGUGAGUAUAAAGGUAUGCGAUUUGCCAUUGGAUCUAGUUUUAAAUUGGCUUCACCAGAAUGUAUUGAAUGCACAUGCAAAGACCCAAUGUAUCAAUGUUGUGGAUAUGGUGCAAGUGGUGGUGUCUUCGCUGUAGAGGGUUGCAAAACAGUCACUGACUUUUGCAACGUUCUCUUUGUCGAUCCUAAGGAUCCAAAUAAACUGUGUGGACCUUCCGCUACCAAAGCUAUUCCCAAGACCACUGUUACUACAACAACCGAAAAGAGGCACCAAAAACAUCUACAACAACCAAUGCACAAGGGAAAACAGUGA